AUGAGGGCGCGCAACGCUCCUUCAUUAAAGAACUCGGCGCAAAGCCUAUUUCAAAGCCUAUUUCCUCUCAGGGUGCUUGUUGUUCCACAUAGCCACCCCCUGCAAUGCAAACAUCACACAGAUGUCCGUAACAUGCCCCACCUGAAAAGAUUGAAAUUAGCACACCCAGUGUCCAGUGGUAAUUUCGAGAUCAACUUGUUAAUUGGUGGUGACCAUUACUGGGACAUUGUACAAGAUAAGAUUAUCCGAGGGGAAGAGGGGCCCACAGCUAUGCAGUCCAAAUUGGGCUAUCUACUAUCUGGUCCUGUAAGGGCCAGGGGGGUGCAGGGCAAUGUGACUAAUAUAUUUCACAUUUCAGCCCACCAAGAAGAUAAAUUUGAUCUACAGCAAUUUUGGUCGCUAGAGUCAAUGGGCAUAUCACCCAAUGCUGACCCCCCUGAGAAGAACUUCUUGACUAAUUACCAGGCCACCUCGAUCACUAGAGACGAAGACGGCACAUACAUUGCUGGGUUUCCCUGGAAGGAAGAGCACGCCCCUCUCCCAACUAACUUCAGUAUCUGCGAGAGACGCACAAGGGCUACCGCACGACGACUUCACCAGACACCAGAUUUGAUGAAGAGUUAUGACGACAUCAUCAAGGAACAAGAGGCCAGAGGAUUCAUUGAGAAGGUUAGCAACCCUGACCCGUCUGACCACGCCCACUACAUACCCCACCACCAUGUAAAAAAGGAGUCAUCGACCACGCCCAUUCGUAUUGUCUUCGAUUGUAGUUGUCACCAGGCCCCCUCGACCCCAAUUCUGAACGACUGCCUAGAAGUCGGUUCACCUUACCUAGCCGACAUGGGCUCGAUUUUAGUGCGGUUUCGCGCCCACCCUAUUGGAAUUUCUACUGAUAUAGAAAAAGCUUUCCUCCAUGUACGUCUCAGCGAAGCUGACCGCGACAUGACCCGGUUCUUAUGGCUCUCCGAUCCCAGUGACCCCGAAAGUGAGUUCCAGACCUACCGUUUCAAGUCGGUCCGUUUCGGCUCUGCGAGCUCCCCCUUUAUGCUGAAUGCUGUCCUUCAAACACACCUUGAUAAUCAUAAGACACCAGUCACACAGGACAUGAGGGACAAUCUCUAUGUUGACAACAUCAUCACCGGCUGUGAAACACACCAAGAGGCCCUGAGUUACUAUGACGAAUCAAGAAGUGUCAUGACUGAAGCCAAGUUCAACUUACGGUCUUGGGCAUCCAAUAGCCAACCCCUUCUCCAUCGUGCUGCCCUUGAUGGAGUGAAUGAUGCCAACUGCGACAGUGUCAAUGUUCUAGGCUUACGGUGGGAUACCUCAACCGACACGCUAAUACUUGCAUGUAAAGAAUUACUAGCACCUGACGACACUCUUGUCACAAAGCGAGAGAUCUUAAGGGAGUCAUCUAAGAUCUAUGACCCACUAGGCCUCAUCACCCCCAUCUCAAUCCGCGCUAAGAUCCUUAUCCAGGACCUCUGCAAGUUAAACGUAGAUUGGGAUGAACCCCUGAAUGGGGAGAUACGAACUCGCUGGCUCAGCAUUGCGCAAGAAAUCCGACAAUCAACCAAUCUUACUAUUCCUAGAUGCUAUCUCAGCAAUCGGUGAGCCAACGAGACGACCCAGCUGCAUGUGUUCGUGGAUGCUAGCCCGAAAGCCUACGGAGCUGUGGCAUACAUACGGCAGGCCAAUCAGACUUCCUGUGUGAUGGCGAAGUCACGUGUCGCUCCAGUAAAGGAACUGUCACUCCCCAGACUAGAAUUGAUGGCAGCACUGGCUGGUGCAAACCUUGCAGAGUACUUGCUUAACUCUUUGCAGAAGAAUUUUCCUGAUCUACAAGCAUUCUUCUGGUCGGACAGCCAGAUUGUGCUCAAUUGGCUUCACAGUAAUAAGCAGCUUCAGCAGUUUGUAGGUAACCGAGUCAGAGAAAUCAAGCGUCUCUCUCAGCCAUCUAGUUGGCGUUACUGCCCCACACGCGAUAAUCCAGCAGACCUACUAACGAGGGGUCUAACCACAGCAGAGCUCCAAGCAUCAACAGCAUGGUCCAUCCUGGAUAACUUCAGAAUGCGACUGUCCAACGUGGGAAUCAAGCACCACCCUUCUUGUUGAGAUCCCAGAGGAAGAACCUAAAGUUACCCCAGAACCUGAUGUGUUAGGAGAGCAAACCGACUCUGAAGCAGACGCGACUUCAGUCGAGAAUCCAAGUAUCAGCACGAUCAUGGAUCCCACUAGACACAGCACACUGAGGAAACUUAUACGUGUAACCGCUCUUGUACUGAGGUUCGUCUAUAACCUCAGGAACCCCACUGACCGCAAAAACGGACCUCUGAUGGUCACUGAGCUGACGAAAGCAAAAAGGACAUGGAUCCACGAUCGCCCUAGCCAUUCUUACGAUAAAGAAAUAGCAAACCUUUCCGCCCAUGUCAAGUCUGGGACCCCUUUGACACGCCAGCUGCGCUUGUUCAUGGAUGACGAUGGCUUACUUCGAUGUGGCGGGAGGAUUCACAACGCCCCUGUUUCUGAAACCGCCAAGUUUCCAGUUCUUCUUCCAAAGAAAGACUACGUGACGACCCUCAUUAUCUGUGACACGCAUGAACGCCAAUUACAUGCUGGCCUUCGGGAAGAUUCCAAGUAAAAAGGGUCUUGAACAAAUGCGUAACGUGCCAAAAAGUGAACGGUGCUCCAUACCGAGCUCCAGACGCUCCGCCACUAACAAGCCUCAGACUCCGGGAGUCCCGACCCUUUGCGGUUACAGGAGUGGACUUUACGGGAGAACUAUAUAUACGAAACGGGAAAACUGACUCGAAGGCCUAUAUCUGUUUGUUUACAUCCGCAGCUACUAGAGCUGUACAUCUUGAAGUCGUUUCAGAUUUAUCAGUCAAAACAUUCAUUCUCGCCGUACGUAGAUUCGCAAGCCGCCAGUCCAUUCCAGACGUUAUCAUUUCUGAUAAUGCCAGUAUCUUCCAAUCGGCGGCUGCUGAACUCGAGCACCUGUUUAAUUCACCAACGCUCAAACAGGAGCUCGGCAAACAAGGGAUAGAUUGGAAGUUUAUCCCGAAAAGAGCUCCAUAGUAUGGAGGGUUUUGGGAGAGGCUGAUCGGCCUCACGAAGACGACGCUAAAGAAAGUCCUUGGCCGAGCAUCCAUCAACUUAGUCACUCUCUAGACGGUUGUCAUGGAAAUUGAGGCUAUCCUUAAUGACCGCCCACUAACAUAUGUCUCUCCUGACAUAAAUGAUGAAGACCCUCUCACACCAUCCCAUCUACUGUAUGGAAGGAGGAUCACCAGUCCCCCACAUCCUGACACUGAUGCGGACGAACUAACUGACCCGAGCUAUGGAAACGAUGAUCAUCUCCGAAGGGAUGCUACUCGUGUAGCACUAGUUAUACAACACUUCUGGCAGCGCUGAAAGCAGGAGUACCUCACUUCGCUGCGGUGCUUCCAUGACGCAACAGGUGGCAGCGGUGAAACACGCGUCAAGAUAGGAGACGUUGUCCAGAUCCACAGCGAGAAGAAGAGGUUGAAGUGGAAACUAGGCGUAGUGGAAGAUCUGAUUAGAGGUGCCGACGGAUGUGUACGGGCUGUAACCUUAAAAACAGCUAAGGGUCACACGAACAGACCUAUCUCCAAGCUAUAUCCCCUUGAGAUUACUACUAAUGUUGUGGAAACUGCAGACGCACAGACAGGAGGUCAGCUCCAGUCCAACCAACCUAUCAGGAGGAGCAUGCGAAUCACAGCUGCCACAAGGGACCGCAUCGCAGACUGGGCCCGGCAACUACGCCCCCCCCCCCCCCCCCGGAGGAUGUCUGAACUCAUAUAUAACUGACAUUCAUUGAGUGACAUUAUCGUUAUUAUUGUUAUUGGGUUCCCUGUGGGCAUGAUGUCACGAAAUUGAUGAGCCCACGAGGGAUUUGUUCAGUUCAUUAAAAACCCAUUCAGACAA